AUGGGAGAUAAACAAAAAUAACAACAACAAUAAAAUGAAUAAUAAACUUUUGCCCAUUUUUUCGGAAACUUGGAGGAUUUUAAUUCAGAAAUUAAAGAAUUGAAAGACAUAAAAAUUGAAUAAAAUGACCCUUUUUAACGCGAAAGAUUAUAGAUAUUCUUAGGUGCAUCAAGCACAUCAAAUAUUUAAAAGAAAGUUUACAAAGAUAAAGUUUGUGCUGUAAAGGAAAUGCCGCUGAUUAGAUAUUUUAACAUCAAAAAUUUAAUAAAUUAUAACGAAAAUUAUAAGUAUUUGUUUGAAGGGAGUGAGGAUCAAGAAUAUUAAGCAUCUAGAUGUGGGCUUAGACUGAUUAAAAAAAUAUAUCAAUUUAGAAUUAUUAAAGAUAAAAUUCCUAAGCCACUUUAAUGUGUGGUAACUUCAUAAGACUCUUCAAAGAUGUCUUUAAAUCUUAUGAUGAAAAGAACUUCUAAUAUUAUGCAAUUUCCUUUAAAUAUUGCGUUUUUAAUUGUUAAACGGGUAGCUGAAGCACUCUAAUUGCUUCACAGUAAAAAUCUUUGUCAUGGAAAUGUUUGUCCUAACAAUAUUUUUGUGUCAAACUAUAUUAUCGAAGACUAUCAAUCUAGUUCUCAAGAUAAUUAGUCUGUAUAUCUUCAUGAUAGUGGUAUGCAUUAUCUAUGUAAAUGGGAUGCUUAAAUUGAAAAGGGAAUUAAAGAAACAAGUAGUAAAAUAAAGGAGGAGGACAUUCAUGUGCUAAACGAAUUUCAAUUUGUAUAAAGAAAUCAUAUUUAAUUCAUCGCUCCUGAAUUGAUAGCAUGGUUUAAUCCUAAAGAAAAAAGUAACACAAAGAAAAAAAAUGAAGGAGAUCAAUAAAACAACAAUGAUCAGCAGCAAGAGAUAACUGAGUAAACAUUUGAACCUACAGAAAAAAGUGAUAUUUACUAACUCGGUCUUUGUCUCCUUUGCAUGUGCAACACAAGAGAUAUAUCUAGUAUUCUGAGUUUGCUUUCAUUAAAGCAAGAGUUGUAAAUCACUCUAAUCGGCAAUAAAAUCGAGGAAUUAGAGCUUAAAUAAGUGAAAGAUAAAAAUAGAGAUAAAAUAAAGUAACUCUUGAAGUAAAUGUUAGAGUUUAAUCCUAAGAUCAGACUUUCUGCUUAAGCUGUGAUCGAAAGAGCUGACUCAAUUUACAAAAGCUUGAUUAAAAAACCAAUGAAUGAUGAUGGCUUCUAAGAAAUUCAUGAUAUUGAAUAAUAUGAAAUGAAGGGAUUCAUAGAGAACUUUGACGAGUAUUUAGAAUAUUAAAGAUAGUAAACAAUUUAAAAACUGCAAGAUGUUUGUAAAGUUGUCCCUAAUAAACAAAAUCCGAGGAGUGAACUAAUUAAAAACGCUUUAAAUGUAAUUGAUUAGCAUAUAAAGAGUACAAGAAACUUUACAAUUAGCAUGAUGAAGUCUCAGUGCAAGCAAAUUAAUGAAAAUUCAGAAAAACAGCAACUUAUAAGCUAAAUCAAUGAAUUCAAUUUCGUUCAUUAUUAGUCACAAUACAGCCAGCAUGGAUACUUUAACAUGAUAGUUUUAGAAAAAAACAAAAUGAUAAGAUUAAAUCUAUUUGAUUACUUGAUAUUCUCAGAAGAAAAAACUGAGAAAUAGUAGCUAGAAUCCUUUUAAUAUACACUAAAUACUAAUGAAAACUAAAAAAAACAAAGCCUCACCAUAUAAUCUUGCAUAUUCUUAGAUUCCAUGAGCUUUAUAACUUUGGAUUCUUAGUUGGAAAUGAAUUUAUGGAACAUUGAUUUAAAUAAGCCUAUUUUAUCUAAUUCACUCUCAGAUUUCGAUAUACAAACUGUAUAAUUACUCAAUUUGAGUUAAAAUAAAAUUAUCAUUUAUGACAAGUUCAGUGUCAAAGUUUACAACAUUUUAAAAGAUCAGCUUUCCAAAUUACCUAAAAUUUUUAUUGAGAAAAACCAUGACUAUGAACUGAGAUUCUAAGAAUAUUAAAUAAAAAAACUUAUACCUUUAAAUUCUCCAGAUAAUUUGUUUAUAGUACUGACUUAAAAAUCUUAGUUCAUUCUUUGCAAUGCAAAUUCAAAAAAAUAUGAAUGCUAAUUUUCUCUUAUGAAUAUUCCUAAGAUCUAAAACAAUUAUUAUAAUGAAGAAAAUAUCAUCCCUCAAGCAGACCUUUUGAUUUCAGAAAAUAGUUAUUAGUAGAUAAUAGAAAAUUAGACAUUCUAAAAUAAUUCUUCAAUAAUUUAUUAAAAUCCAAAUUAAUCUUACAUUCAAAACUAAUAACAAAUGCAGCAGUUAAUCCAUUCAAACAAUAUAAAAAAGUAAAAUGAAAACUCAAAUAGUUUAUUCAAAAAAUUUGUAUCGUUUUUUAAAAAAUGCAAUUAAGAACCAGCAUUUGAAUAAGAAUUAAAAAAAUAAAUAAUACCAGAUGUUCCCUUAGUUAUUAUUUUAGAAGCUAAAUAUAUUUAUUAUAUAAAAUUAAGAGAUUUAGUGUUUAAGUAAUUUGAUAAGAUCUCUAAUUAAUAAAACCUACCAUCCUAUGGCAAAUAUGUUUGCGGAAUUUUCCACCCAAUGAACAAAUCUUAAAUUCUAUUUAUAAACGAUAGUAAAGAAUUGAUUAUCUAUGACUACAUUAGUGACUUAGCCAUAAUAAAACUGCACUUUGCAGAAUCUCUUUUAGAUUUACAAUAUUUCUCUUUUGAAAAGAGAAACUACUUGGUUAUCAAAGAUUUUAGCAAUUUAUUUAUUUCAAAACUUGAUCUAGAAUAUCCUGCAGAGGCAUAAAACUUUUAAAAGAUUAAGUCAGGUUAAAUAAGACAAGUUAUCAUGUUUCCAAGGUGUUUAGCAUAAUAGACAGGUACUUCUGUAAAAUCUAGUUACAGAAACUAAUGA